UUAGAGACAAAAACUACUGUAAAGAUGCACAAAACGACUAGAAACGCACAAAGAAAAAAAACAUAAAAUGACUGAAAAGAUGGAGAAAAUGAGAGUGGAAUAAAACGGUGACCAAAGACCAGAAAUGAGCAGAAAGACACGAGAAAAGAGACGAAACAAAAACUUCUUUGUUCUCUGUCGUUUUACUCGUUUUAUCUUUGAGGUUAAAUUCUUCAGAAACGACAAUAAAAACAUGGAUUAAAUAAUCUAUAAAUAAACACAAAGGGAUCCUCCAGAGCAGCUGGUUCUGGUCGUUUCACUCUGAGGUUCUUCACUCUGAGCCUCAGAGGAACCUCCAUCCUCAGGAGACACCAGGAACAGGAGAACCUACAAGGGAGACGCCGUCACAGUCCUCGUCCAAUCAGGAGGCGAGGAUGUGGGAAGGAGGCGGGGCCAGAGGAUGAAUGGAUCCAGGAGACAUAAAAGAGAGAAAGUGGUUCAGAGUCCAGAGGAGGAAAGAAACAAACGGACGGACGGACGGAGCAGAAAAUAAAAACAGAAGAAGAAGGAGGAGGUUUUUUCUUUGAAUUGAUCUUCAGACUAACAGGAGCGAGACAUGAGGAUGACUCCAGACGCCGAAGAGUCCAUCAGGUGUUCAGUCUGCAGCUGUUUGUGUUUCAAACCAGGAAGUGUCCGACUCAGGUCAUGUGAUCGAUGUGGACACGGCUGGGUGGCACACGCCCUGGAGCGGCUCCACCCCCAGCCUCCAUCCGGCUGCGGCCCAGUGGAGGUGGCCCUCCCUGGGCUGGUGUUCGACCUGAGCUCCCUGGUUCUGUACGGAGCUCAGGCGGUUCCGGUCCGGCUGAAGAUCCUCCUGGACCGUCUGUACAGCGUCCUGACACCUGAGCAGGUGGGACACAUCCUCCACACUCUGGGCUGGAGUCUGGGGGAUUAUGUCCGGGGCUACAUGCUGCAGUUUCCCGGUGGGAAGGUAUUGAACCGCUGGCUGAUGGUGACUCCAGAAGAAGAGAUGCUCAUCCUGAAACAGUUCCUUCGCUUUGGCGAGACUCGACCAAUCGUGGAGCUGAUGACGCUUCAGUGCCUGGAAGCUGCCAAUCACCUCCCUGAUCCAGAGCAAAAGCCCGCCCAGAAGACCUGUCAAUCAAACAGGGGAACGCUGACCGUGUUGAGGAACCCUAGAGGAGAAUCCCGAUUGGUGGCUGGACUCUGUGGUUUUGAGAGGAACAGUCCAUCCGACCACAGCGACACUGUCCACCACUUUGAAAACUUCCCAGGCGGACUUUCCUUGCUCCUGCCUUUCCACUUUGGAAGCUCCGCCUUCCACUGUUUGGUCCCUCCCACCAAGGAGCUUGUUCCUCCCAGUAAGCUAACACAGUGCCUCCGAAAACCCGGCGGGACCAAACUGGCCGCGAGACUCAAACAAGGAGGAGGAAGAGGAGAGGAAGGAAGUGAUCUGACUUUGCAGCAAAUUAAAGAUGAACCGGCAUUAAAAAUCAAGACAGACCCAGACAAGCUGAACCCACCUCGGUCACUCUGGCAGCUGAACCCCUCGAUCCACAACGACCAGGCGCUUCUCAGAGGGGAAACCAAACAGGAGAACACCACCUCUUCCUCACUCUAUCCACCCAUCUCCUCCUCUUCCUCCUCUCCUCUGAAGAUUUCCCAGAAGAUGCGAAGUCCUCCUCCUUCUCUGCAGCCUCUCCCAUCCUUCUCCUCGUCCUUCCUUUGUCCUCUUCCCACCUCCACCUUUUCUUCAUCCCUGCAUCCUCUUCCAUCCUCGUCUUCCUCCCUCCUUCCUCUCCCAUCCUCCCUCUGCUCCCUUCCUUCUCCUUCCCCUGCAGGAGGUCGGAAAGGCAGGGUCUGCUGUGGCGUUUGUGGAAAAAGCUUCUACGACAAAGGAACGCUGAAGAUCCACUACAACGCCGUCCACCUGAAGAUCAAACACCGCUGCACGGUGACAGGCUGCACCAUGGUGUUCAGCUCGCUGCGCAGCCGAAACCGACACAGCGCCAACCCAAACCCGCGACUACACACCGGGACCAGCAGAGACACAAACCCACACCGAAACCCACACUGUGACCACAUGAGCAUCCACAGUGAAACGCAUGAGGCUAAACAGGUUAACAGAACUAUAAAUGACGCACAAACACAUAUGUGCAGGGAGUCAAUGCUGUGGCAGCAGGGUGAUGAUGUACACAAACUUAAUGUACACACUACAGAGAAUGGGUUAAAUGGCUGCCAGAACAACACAUCCCCUCAGGCCAGCUCCCCUCCUUCCUCUCCUCACCCUCAAAGCCAAGAUGCCGACCACAGCUUCACCCUGAUGAACCCCCAGACCUCGCCACCUCCUCUCCUCUCCGCUCACAGUGCUCCCUCCCUGGGCUCGCCUCCCUCCCUCGUCUCCCUGGUGGCUCCGGACAAACCUGAACGUCGUCGACACCUCGUCCGAUCACCUGUGCAGCCUCUUGGCCCCGCCCAGUGUGACAGUCAAUCCAUGUCACAUGGUGUCGCAGAAGGAAAGCGAGGAGAGGCUCGCACCAAUCAGCAGUGGCGGUGGGAGUCAGCUGACCCCACGCCGAAGAAGAAGCCCAGGAAGUCGAGCAUGCCCGUGAAAAUAGAAAGAGGGCCAAUGGAGAGCAGGAAAGAUGAAGCCGAGGAAGGAUGAAGAGCUAAAUCGCUAAAACUGAAUUCAGUCCAGAAAAACAAAAAUCAGCAUUAUGUGAUUUUACUUGUUCUGCAUGAUUCCAGAUUCUGAAUCGAUGCUCAGAUAUUUCAUUCAACUGAGGCCAAGAAAUCGACUGUGCUAUAUUUAGAGGUAUAAGAAGCUGUUUUGAAGCUCUGCUGUUCAGCAAAGUUUAAUAAAGAUGGCAGAAAAUGAUCAAUAUUAAAUCUGGAGAUAAAUGUUUUGUUUAUGCGGAGAACCAAUGAAGCCAAAAUCAGGUGAACUGUUGAUCUUCAGUGUGUUUUUUCACCAGGAACAUGAAUAUUUGUUGGUAGCUGAACUCCCAGAUAUUAACAGUUGCCUCGAUUGAUGAGUUUGUUUGUGUUAUUGUGCAUCUUCUGUGUUUUAACACGUCUGUUUUUUUUUUGAAAGAAGAUUUAAUGUCCACAUGGUGCAGUCGGUUGGAAUCAAAAGAUAUUUUUUAUUGCUUUCUUAACACCAGCAGCUCUUAAGAAUUUGUAAAUUCACACAUUUGUGGCUGACAAGCUGCUCAGAAUUCUGAGCUGAAUUUGUGUGGUGCAGUUUAGUGUCAAUGUGCAGUGCCAGUAUUUACCCACCAGAGGGCGCUGCUGCGCAGUGAAGGUUUGUUGACAGCACAUUUAAAACAGCAGCUGAUGCACCGAGAUUCUCUCUGGUUAAAAAUCUAAAGGUUGGAUUCAUGUAAUGAGUUAAAUAUUGAUGUUGUGAAUUUACUCAAAAAUCCACAUAUUAAGGAUUAAAACCCUCCAAAAAUGAUAUGAAACACUUCUUUACUUGACUCUAGCCAGUAUUGUUACAGUUUUUGUCACUCUUUGGUUCAUUUCUCAGAUCAGAACAGAAAUUCUGUAAGCUACGUGUUCAAUCUUCACAUCAUUGUGUCACUUCUGCACAUCAAAAAAGCAGUUUCUCAUUUCUGUGAGCAAGUUGCAAAUGCUUUGGAUCAUCCUUGAAAUGAUUCUGUACAAUUCUCUGCUGUUUCCUACAUUGUCAAUUGUUUAUGUAACAUUGAUCUAAAUGUAUUAUAAUAGUCUCACCUUCCACAACAUUUAGGCAUUAGUUCAUCACAUCAGUCUUUACAUGCAAAAUGGUUGAACAUGUUGUCAGAAUAUGUCAAGGAUGUUUCUAUACAUUUCCAUUAGACUUUUUUCUAAAUCUGUCCUGAACUGGUAAAUUUCUCCAAGAGAAGAUAUUUAUGCUGUGGAUGAGAACUUGUGGCCCAACAGACGGAACAUCAUGAGGUGUAGGAAGACUGAACUGUAAUUCCUACAGCACUGCAUGUACAGUUUUCCCUCAGGAGAUUGUCCUAUGUUCACAUUUCUACUUUUGUUGUUUUGUUUUCUCUUUGUGCUAUGCAGCUGUUCUCCUUUCUGUAUCACAAAAACGUGGUCUGUCAACAAAUUACAACACAAACAGUAAAAGCAUAAAUGUGAAUCUUGUCCAGUUUCUUGUAAUCGAUCUCCCACAUACACUAAGAUGUAACUUACAGUUUACAGUAAUUGUCACCAAACCUUAUCCAUAGUUUACAUCAGAACAUCCCUCCAGAGAACACUGUUAGAAUGACAACAUGACUAAACAAUCUGUUUUAUCCACACAGUGACACAGGACUGGUCAUUCUGAUGGACCUGAAAUGUUCACUGACAGAUAUUUACUGUAGAGAGAUGGACUAAUCAUCUUAUGCAAGAGACUGGCUUUUGCAGGUACUCCAUGGUGUUUUGCUAUUUGUACGAAUUGUUUUGAGAAAUAUAUUUACUAUUUUGCAAAUGUCGAGGAUGAUUGGAGAAAUGAACCAAAGCAAGUGAGAAAAACUGCAAAUAUAAAUACAAACAAAAAAUUUUGGAAUGUGUUGUGAAGAUGAACAUAAUGACCACUAGGGGGCACAGUAGUGUCAAUUUGCAACUGAUUAAUUGAUGGGUAGUGUUGAUGUUAUCUGUCUUUUUGCCAAAGCAAAAUUAUUGGGGGUGAGUUUGUUUUUCAUUGAAUAUUUUUCAUGGCACUGAUUGGAAUAAAUGAAUGAAUUUAGAGGUGGGAUAAAAUAAGCCUUAACUUCUUCCCACAACCUUUUCAACAUGUAGAAAUUUUGUUUUCCUCUCAUUGUCCUUAUAUGAGAAGCAUGAUGUACUAUUCUAGUUGUUAAUGUGAAUGAUUCGUUGAAUAUUUUUAAAUUACAUAUUCGAAAUAAAUGAAUGAAUGAAUUAAUAAAAAA